AUGAGGCCCGGGAUAAAACCGGUACAUUUCCCGCCCAACAGAUAUGCCUGCCGAAGUGCAGCGGCAUCUUUCGCUCCGAGGAUUCAACCAGUGCAGAUUUUGCAGCUGCACGAAGUUUGGAAUUGGAUCCAGGCCUGGCCCUCCAGGUCGUGUAGAGAAACGCUGGCAGGCCCAAGCGGGGUAAGCAGAUUCCCACGAGAAGUGGUUGCACAAGAGGCAAUUAUGGUUUGUGUAUUUUUGGAGGCCCAUUUCGCCGCAAGCAAGCACGAGCUUUUUUGGACCAAAUUCUUUUCAGCGCUUUGGUUUGGCGCGGGCGCCCGUCGCAACAACGCUGAUUCCAUCCCGAAGGAGUGCGGAGACGCCUCCGCCUCGGGUCGGCAUAAAAUCGACUCGAGCCGGCCGCAGUCCCAUCGCUUCUUUCGGAUGAGCCCGGCUGAGAGUCGCGGCCGGUCUCUUUCUGUCCGGCAGGAGGAUCUCUUCGGAGAACUCCGCCCCGCCGAGCCAAGACCUAGGCGACAAUGCGCCAGCGGCCAUGGUCCUUGGAGCGACCUGCAGCUACGCCGCCUGAGGCGGCCCACUGCCUGCGGCCUUGGGGGGUGA